AAUGCCAAAAUACAUGGCGAAUGCUCGAAAGAAAGCUUAAGCGUAUAUGCUGAACUAUUUAACAUUUUGCAACACUUAGAUUUGGGAACUAUAGAACCAGAAAUUCCAAUAGCAUCGGGAGUAAUUGAUCUUACGGGGAAUGAAGACAUAUUUACGAAGCUAUUAUCUUUGGAAACGAAACAAAUUUUAUCAAGGUAUUCAUUUCGUAAUAAUGAAUUUCCCAACCAAAUUGGUGCAAUGUUGGAUGAAUUUGUAAGUUCAUAUAGCGAACUAAGAACUGAUUUCGAUUCAGCUUUAAUGCGACCUAUAAGCUUUCCCCAUGGAGAGAUGUUACUCAAAACUAGACGCAUUCUAAUGACAACUUUUGACUUGUUAGAAGGAUUGCGUCGCAUUUGGAGUUGUAGGCCUUUACUAACAGAAGAAGAUUAUAGCGAGAAUUCUUAUGUAAUUCAUGCGGUAUCCAAAGUACUGGAUCCAUUUUUUACAUAUUUUAAGUGGCCUCUAAAACGAGCAUGGUCUGAACAAAUAAGCAAAUCUUCACAGAGUAGAAAAAAUCAGAUGGGUUCUGUUAAUUUAGGGAAAAAACCCGACCUCCAGGUUUUAUUGAAAUUAGUAGUGGAGAUUUCACGCUUAUUCCCAGAACAAGAUAAAGAAGUUUUAGAUUGGAAGAAGCUGGUUCGUAUUUGUAAGGAUUAUUUCGAUGAACGCUAUAAUAUUUUUUUCAAAAAUAAAGAGGAUACUUCUUCCAGGGCAAGGUUAUUACAUUGUGAAUUAGGAAAAAUUCCUGUCUUAGGAAUCCAGAUAAUAGGAGAACGUAUAUUU